CAAACAUUCAAAUAACGGCGUCGCUUCAUGUUAAUUCGAACCCUGAAAAUUGCUGGAGACGCGCUAAUUUGUUUAAUCGCUGUUUGUUAAUUGUGUUAAGUGUUUAGUUAGUCGCUGUGUUGAUGGGCCACUGAGUUUGCUGCGUGCCCGAUUUUGUUUAGUACAAGUGUUUUCUGUUUUUGCCCAGCGGUCGCAAUGAGCGCCUUUGAGAUCACAGUGACGCCAUCGCGUCUCAAGCAAAAGAAGCGCGCCGAAGGACGCGAGCCCGCCCUGGUGGUCAUGGCUCCCUUCUCCGCCAAGGCCAUUGUGCAGUUCGAGGACGUGCCGGUAACCAAGACAGCCCGACGCCAGGUGCGCGUCCUCAAUCCCAGCGACGAGGACAUCGAGGUCAAGGUAAUGAAGGCCAUUCGGGAGGAGCACAAUCUAAACCUGGAGUGGAUGAAGCACAGGGUGCCCGCCCGGGAUGAGGUUUCCAUGGAGCUGGUGUGGAGCCCCCAAAUCGAGGUGGCCUGCAAGGAAACGCUGCAGCUCAUAGACAAUCGUAACUUUCGGAAGGAGGUGAUGAUCAUACUCAAGUCCAAGAGCAACCAGCCGGUCAAGAACACUCGCAAAUUUCCCACCGUCGGCAAGACCCUGCAGCUGAAAUCGCCGACAGGCUCUGCGAAAACAAUGAAGGGCAUGCUGACCGCUGCCAUGCAGCAAAAGAAGCGUCUGUCCACUGCAGCAGCACCUUCUGCCUCCGCCAAGCAGUCCUGGCGAGUUUCCGCUUCCGCACGUUCUGCGCCCCGUCCAAAUCCUCCUCCUGCCCAGGCUCCUCUGGCCGAAAAGAAUGUGUAUAAGCAGGAAGAGGAGCCUGUUUACAUAUCGCCACAGCCGCGCAGCCUCAAGGAGAACCUCAGUCCGAUGACACCGGGUAAUCUACUCGAUGUGAUAGACAACCUACGGUUCACACCUCUCACAGAUAUAAGGGGCAAGGGAUCAGCUGUUAUUUUGCCGGACAAUUUGGCGGCCUGGCCCACUCCCACGCUGGGAGGCAAUGCAAAACUAAGUGCCAACGAGAUGCGACCACGUAGGAUCACUGAUGAUGAUCUAGAGGAUCCGCCAGCAAUUAACAAAACCUUUGACGUGAAGCAUUCAGAGACCAUAAACAUUUCCCUGGACACUUUGGACUGCUCUCAGGUGCAGACUCCGCUACACAAAACCACCACGCAAACAAGAGCUUUGGCCUGCAUUCGCGAGGAGGAGGGACCACCCAGUCCACCCAGAACGACAAGUAAAGGCGUCCUAAAGGAUCUUAAAAGGGACAUCAAGCUGGUGGGCUCACCACUACGCAAAUAUUCCGAGUCCAUGAAGGAUUUGUCGCUGCUGUCGCCGCAAACAAAGUACGCCAUCCAGGGCUCUAUGCCCAAUCUAAAUGAAAUGAAGAUACGUUCGAUAGAACAGAAUCGCUACUACCAGGAGCAACAGAACCAGAUGGCAAAGGACAAGGACUUGAAUAGCUCCUGCAGCAGCGAGACCAGUUUGCUGGGUCAGCAGGAGUUUCUUCUGUUCAAUCAAAAUGAGAUACUCGCCCAGUCCAGUCGCUUUAAUCUGCACGAAGUGGGCCGCAAAUCGCUCAAUCCGAACGCCAAUCCCCAGAAGCGUCGCUCCCAUGAGCUGAGUUUCUCGGAUGCACCGAGCAAUGAAUCCCUGCACCGCAACGAGACUAUAGCCAUCUCGCCGCCCAAGAAGCAACGCGUGGAGGACACCCCUCUGAUGUCGAGGAGUGCGGCGCCUGCCAACGCCUCCGCCCGCAGCAGUAGUGCCCACACCUGGAGCGCCUUCACCCAGUCCAAGAAGUUCAAGCUGGCGCAGACCAUGUCGCUGAUGAAGAAGACCACCACGCCGCGAAAGGUCAGGGAUGCGGGAGUGCAAGCGCCCGUCAAGCUCUACGACUCCGAGCUGUAUAUGCAGACGUAUAUCAACCCUGAUCCCUUUGCGGCCACCACCACCAUGGAUCCCUUCCUGGCCUCCACGAUGUAUCUGGACGAACAGGCUGUGGAGCGGCAUCAGACAGACUUUAAGAAGUGGCUGAAUGCCCUGGUCUCCAUACCCGCCGACCUGGAUGCGGACCUGAAUAGCAAAAUAGACGUGGGCAAGCUGUUCAACGAGGUGCGCAACAAGGAGCUGGUGGUGGCCCAGACCAAGGAGGAGCAGUCCAUGAACUACCUGACGAAGUACCGUCUGGAGACGCUGCGCAAGGCAGCCGUGGAGCUGUUCUUCAGCGAGCAGAUGCGUCUGCCCUGCUCCAAAGUGGCCGUGUAUGUCAACAAGCAGGCUCUGCGCAUCCGCAGCGAUCGCAAUCUCCACUUGGAUGUGGUCAUGCAGCGCACCAUCCUGGAGCUGCUGCUCUGCUUCAAUCCCCUCUGGCUGCGCCUGGGACUGGAGGUGGUCUUCGGAGAGAAGAUCCAAAUGCAGUCCAACCGAGACAUCGUGGGCCUCAGCACCUUUAUUCUCAAUCGCUUGUUCCGGAACAAGUUCGAGGAGCAGAGGUACAGCAAGGCCUACACCCUGACCGAGGAGUAUGCGGAGACCAUCAAGAAGCACUCGCUGCAGAAGAUCCUCUUCCUGCUGCUCUUCCUCGACCAGGCCAAGCAGAAGCGCAUUGUCAAGCACAACCCGUGUCUGUUUGUGAAGAAGUCGCCGCACAAGGAGACCAAGGACAUCCUCCUACGCUUCUCCUCGGAGCUGCUGGCGAACAUUGGCGACAUCACGAGGGAGUUGCGGCGCUUGGGCUACGUUCUCCAACAUCGGCAGACUUUCCUGGACGAGUUCGACUAUGCCUUUAAUAACCUAGCAGUGGAUUUGAGGGAUGGUGUGAGGUUGACCCGGGUCAUGGAGGUCAUUCUACUGCGCGAUGACCUCACCCGGCAGUUGAGGGUCCCAGCCAUUUCCCGCCUUCAGAGGAUCUUCAAUGUAAAGCUGGCUCUGGGUGCCCUUGGCGAGGCCAAAUUCCAGCUGGGCGGCGACAUCUCCGCCCCGGACAUCGUGGACGGGCAUCGCGAGAAGACGCUUUCGUUGCUCUGGCAGAUCAUCUACAAGUUCCGCUCGCCCAAGUUCCAUGCGGCGGCCGCAGUGCUACAGAAAUGGUGGCGUCGCCGCUGGCUUUACGUGGUCAUUCAGCGGCGCAUUCGCCACAAGGAGCUAAUGCGUAGACAUCGAGCUGCUACAGUCAUUCAGGCCGUGUUCCGUGGCCACCAGAUGAGGAAAUAUGCCAAGUUGUUCAGGGCAGAGCGCACACAGGCUGCCAUCAUCCUGCAGAAAUUCACACGUCGCUAUUUGGCGCAGAAGCAGUUGUACCAGAGCUAUCACAGCAUCAUCACCAUUCAGCGUUGGUGGAGGGCCAUUCAAGUGGCUAGGCAAUGCCGUCGACGGUUCCUGGAGCUCCGACAAGCAGCCAUCUUCCUGCAGCGCAUCUGGCGACGUCGUCUGUUCGCCAAGAAGCUUUUGGCGGCGGCGGCCGCAGCUCGACUACAGCGAUCCCAAAAGCAACAGGCAGCCGCCAGCUACAUUCAAAUGCAAUGGCGUAGCCAUCAAGCGGGCAAAAUGCAGCGGAAGCAGUUCCUGCGCCAAAGGGAACUCAUCGUCUUGGUGCAGCGCCGAAUAAGGAGCAAGUGGGAAAUGAUGAAGCAGCGCAAGGAGUUUAUACAGCUUAAACAUUCAGCCAUCAAGAUCCAGCAACGCUGGCGGGCACAGCUCUUGAAGAGAAAGCAUCGGUCUGACUUUUUGGCACUACGCGCCAGCGCUCUUAAACUCCAGGCUCACAGAAGAGCCACAAUUAGGAUGAGAAUUGAACGCCGUAACUACCAAUCACUGCGUAAGAGUGUUAUCUGUUUGCAGCAGCGCUUGAGAGGCAACUGGAAAAUGCGUGAGGAUAGGAAAAAGUAUCUGCAGCUCCGCCACUCCACCGUACUCAUCCAAAGACGCUACCGUUUGCUGCAGCAGAUGAUUAAGGAUCGGCAGGCCUACCUAAAAGCCCGCCAGUGCAUUCUGAAUGUUCAGAGCCGCUGGCGAGCCACCCUGCAGAUGCGGCGCGAAAAGAAUAACUAUCUCCGGCUGCAAGCCACCACCGGAUUCAUCCAAACCAAAUACCGUGCCAAGCGGGAAAUGCGCAAGCAGCGAGCCGAGUACCUCCAGCUGAGAAAGGCGGCUUUGGUGGUCCAGCAACGCCGACGGGCUUUGAUGGAAAUGCGAACGCAGCGGCAGGAAUAUCUAACACUACGCGAAAUGACCAUAAAGCUGCAGCGCAGAUUCCACGCCCACAAGUCAAUGAGGUUCAUGCGAGCCAAGUACCGCGGGACUCAGGCUGCUGUGAGCUGCCUGCAGAUGCAUUGGCGUGGGCAUUUGCUCAGGAAGAGGGAGAGGAGCAGAUUCCUCGCUCUCCGCCAGGCAGCUGUAACUGUGCAAAGGCAUUACAGAGCUCGAUUGGCCAUGAUCAGGGAAUUUAAGAACUAUAACCAGUUGAAGCAGGCAGCCAUUACCAUUCAGAGACGCUAUCGAGCCAAGAAAGAGAUGCAAAAGCAGGUUGUUCUAUACCAAAAUCAAAGGGAAGCCAUCGUCAAAGUGCAGCAAAGAUUCCGCGGCAAGCUGGAAACGAGGAGGCAAAUGGGUGCCUUCCAAACGCAACGCCAGGCUGCCAUCCAUUUGCAGAAGUGGUGGCGAAGUGUGCGCGAAACGCGACUCCUCAAGGAGGGCUAUCGCAGGAUUCGACUCAGUUCCCUGAGCAUUCAGCGGAAAUGGCGGGCCACAUUGCAGGCUCGUCGACAGCGGCAAGUCUUCCUGGACUCCAUCCGCAAGGUGCGACUCUUGCAGACAUUCAUCAGAGGUACGCUGCAGAUGCGGCAACAGCGCCUGGAAUUUGAGAUGAAGCGGAGGGCAGCUUUGGUCAUGCAGCGUCGGUUCCGUGCCCGCCAGGCCAUGCUGAAAGCACGACAGGAUUACCUGCUAAUCCGGUCCUCUGUGAUCCUGGUGCAGCGCAGAUUGCGGGCCAAUUGGAGGAUGAAACAGGAGCGUCAAGAGUUUGUACAACUGCGUACUCUGGCCAUCCAUUUGCAGCAGAAGUUCCGAGGCAAAAGGCUGAUGAUGGAGCAACGUGAUCGCUUCCUGCUCCUCCGUCGCUCUACUCCGCAUUUCCAGGCCCGUGCCCGUGGCUACAUGGCCCGCAAACGCUUCCAGGCCCUGAUGACGCCCGAGAUGAUGCAACUAAUCCGCCAGAAACGCGCCGCCAAGGUGAUCCAGCGCUACUGGCGUGGCUAUCAAACGCGUCGCCGCCAGCGGCACCAAGGUCUUCUGGCCAUCAGGAAGCGUAUUAUCCAACUCCGCGCGGAGGCUACGGCCGUCAACUCUGUGCGCUGCAAAGUCCAGGAGGCAGUGCGCUUCCUUCGGGGACGCUUCAUUGCCUCCGAUGCCCUGGCUGUGCUAAAUAGAUUGGAUCGUCUUUCGCGCACUGUGCCACAUCUGCUGAUGUGGUGCUCGGAGUUCAUGUCCACGUUUUGCUAUGGCAUCAUGGCGCAGGCCAUUCGCUCGGAGGUGGACAAGCAGCUCAUCGAACGCUGCAGCCGGAUCAUCCUGAAUUUGGCCCGCUACAACAGCACCACGGUUAACACGUUCCAGGAGGGCGGUCUGGUGACCAUUGCCCAGAUGCUGUUGCGCUGGUGCGAUAAGGACAGCGAGAUAUUCAACACACUGUGCACUCUCAUUUGGGUAUUUGCCCACUGUCCAAAGAAGCGAAAGAUCAUUCAUGACUUUAUGACCAAUUCUGAGGCCAUCUACAUGGUGCGCGAGACUAAGAAACUGGUGGCCCGCAAAGAGAAGAUGAAGCAGAACGCCCGGAAGCCUCCGUCCACCUCAACCGGACGUCAUCAGACCCAAAAGAUGGUCUUCACGCCGAGUGCCCUGCCCAGUUUGGAGCCGGACUUCGGCAUCAUCCGCUACAGUCCCUACACUUUCGUGUCCUCCGUCUUCGCAUUCGACACAAUCCUGUGCAAGCUAGAGAUCGACAUGUUCUAGUUCUAGUUAGAUUCAUCGCUAAAUGUUAAAUGUUUGAAACGUUUCUGUGUUGUGUGUUUAAACUAUUAAGAUAAAUUGUUAGACCAGGCUAGUUUUACGAAGACAAUCGAAUAUAUAGUAAGUAAGUGACUCACGAUGUAAAAUAAGAGCUUAACUAUAUGCUGUAACUGAUAGUUUAGUAACAAAAGGAAUAUUAUUGUUUUUACCCGAAAUCACAAAAUAAAGAAGAUAUUUCAAAGUCA